AACGAAAUACAUGUUUUUGUCUAUUUUUUUUUUUUUUGGUAAAGCUUAAAAAAAGUCAAUAUCCUAAAAAAAAAUUGCGUUCAUCUUAAAGCACAUACUAAAACCUCUCGACUGUCUCCUUUCUCUGGAUCUAUCAACUUCUCCAAAGGCCUUCAGUUCAAUACAUUUAUUGGUGUAAUAGUCUCCCUGAAGAUCUCCAUUAGUAUAGAGUAAUCAGCUGAGCUUGUUUUGGCUUGGUUUCGGCCAUAGAUCUUUCUUGUCGCUGGAUACACCGAAUUACCUAGAGGUGUGACAAUAUGCAUGGUGGCUUUAAUGUCCCUAAUAUGUCGGGUACCCUUACGUCCCGAAAUUCAUCCAUGAACAAUGUUGGUUCUGGUGGGGUUCAACAACCAACUGGGAAUGUUCCAGGCGGGAGGUUUGCAUCAAAUAAUAUCCCUGUCGCACUGUCUCAGAUGUCUCAUGGGAGUUCACAUGGCGGAUAUCCAGGAGUUACAAAUAGAGGAGGUAUGAAUGUUGUAGGAAAUCCUGGAUAUAGUAGUAACACAAAUGGCGUUGGUGGUUCUAUUCCGGGAAUUCUCCCUACUUCCGCUGCAAUUGGUAAUCGUAGUGCUGUUCCAGGACUAGGAGUCUCCCCUGUUUUGGGAAAUGCAGGUCCUCGAGUUACAGGCUCAAUGGGAAGUAUGGUUGGCAGUGGAAACAUUGGAAGGUCUAUAGGUUCUGGAGGAGGACUCUCUAUACCAGGUCUUGCUUCUCGCUUGAAUAUGUCUACGAACAGUGGAUCUGGGAGCUUAGGUGUGCAAGGACCUAAUAGGUUGUCAAGUGGUGUACUUCAACAAGCUUCUCCUCAGGUCCUUAGUAUGUUUGGAAACUCUUAUACCUCUGCUGGGGGUUCGCUGUCGCAAAAUCAUGCCCAAGCAAUGAAUAAUUUAAGCUCCAUGGGAAUGUUAAGUGAUGAGAAUGCGAAUGACAGUUCCCCGUUUACUUUGAAUGACUUCCCUCAAUUGGGUAGUCGUCCCAACUCUGCUGGAGGUCCGCAGGGACAAAUAGGUUCCCUGAGAAAGCAAGGUCUUGGUGUUAGUCCUAUUGUUCAGCAAAAUCAGGAAUUCAGCAUCCAAAAUGAAGAUUUUCCUGCUUUACCAGGUUUUAAAGGUGGAAAUGCGGAAUAUGGGAUGGAUUUUCAGCAAAAAGAACAGAUUCACGAUAAUGGUGUAUCAAUGCAAUCUCAACAUUUCUCUAUGGGAAGGUCACCCGGAUUCAAUUUGGGGGGCAUGUAUUCAUCACACCGUCCUCAGCAGCAGCAGCAUACACUUUCUAAUAGCAUGCCCCCUGGCAUCAGCUUGAGGUCUAUGAAUUCUCCCAGCGGGGUUUCUAAUAUCAGUUCUUAUGAGCAGCAGUUUAUGCAGCAGUAUCAACCGCAACAGAACCAGUCACAAUUUCGCUUACAGCAGAUGCCAUCUAUCAAUCAGACUUUUAGAGAUCAGGGCAUAAAGCCUAUACAAUCUCCGCAACCAACUACAGAUCCCUAUGGGUUACUGGGCUUGUUGAGUGUCAUAAGAAUGAGUGAUCCUGAUCUGACAUCACUUGCACUCGGCAUUGAUCUAACAACAUUGGGAUUGAAUUUGAAUUCAUCAGAAAAUCUUCACAAAACUUUUGCUUCGCCCUGGUCUGAUGAGCCAAUCAAGGGUGAACCUGAGUUCACAAUACCUGAAUGUUAUUAUGCAAAACAACCUCCCCCUUUAAGUCAAGCUUAUUUUGCAAAGUUCCAGCUGCCGACUCUGUUUUAUAUCUUUUACAGCAUGCCAAGAGAUGAAGCCCAAAUAUAUGCAGCUAACGAACUUUAUAAUAGAGGAUGGUUCUAUCACAAAGACCUCCGGCUUUGGUUCAUGCGAGUUCCCAACAUGGAGCCUCUAGUUAAGACCAAUGCGUACGAGAGAGGGUCUUAUCUUGCCUUUGAUCCAAAUACGUGGGAUACAUCUAUUAAGGAAAAUUGUGUUAUCCAUUAUGAACUCAUUGAGAAAAGACCGGCUCUACAUCACCAAUAAAUCUAUUGCUAGGUUGUAUAUUCAGUGGCCAUGGAUUAUACUUGCCCUCACCACCAGGCUACCGUUACUGCAACAAAUGUACCAUUUCGAUAUAUAUAUAGUGAAUCACGCAUGUUAUUAGGCACUCAUUUUAGGCCAGAAAAGGUGCGAAGCCAAUUGCUUUCAUUUAGUGUACUGAAUUGUAAAUUUUCAGUGCUUUAGGCUGGUUGCUGUACUGUACGCUUUGCAAGAGUUUAUUAAUUAUUAUGGAAAAUUAGUGUAAAAGA